AUGAAGUUUUUCACCCUUAUGGCCCUUGCUGGCCUCUUUGCCUCUGCCGCCGCUCUGCCUCAGGAAAACCCUGCUACUACUACUACAACUUCUCUCUCUCCACAGCUCAUGUGCGCUAGCUCCUGCCCCUCGUCUAGUGUCUGCUGUAAAGCGAGCUGCUUAGGUGUUCCCUGCCCCGACAACAGCAUGGCAAACAGGACCAACCAAUGCGCAAUGAGCUGCAAUCAAGGCAGCGGAUCCCCAAGCGAUAUCCAAAACUAUGCGAUGUGCCAGAGCAGUUGCAUCCAAGCCUUCUUCUUGGGCUCCAGCACUGCCCCAACUCCAUCCAGCACUGGAAGCGCUUCCACUACCACGUCACCUCCCAAUGGUACCUCGACCGGCAACUUUCAAACAACCCCAUCCGGUGGUGCUGGCGUUAUUAACGUCCAACUCGGAUCCUUUGCCGCUGGCAUUGUCGGUCUCCUGAUGGCUGCUGUCGUUCUCUAA